AUGGAUGAAUAUUAUCACCAUUUCCUGACAUCAAUGUCGGAACUGGGCGGCGGUUAUCUCCCUAGCAAUCCCGAAGAGUCCAGCAUGUCAACCAUGCCGGGAUAUCAUGUUCCAGUAUCAGGUCCAAUGAUGCAAAACCCAUAUCAUCACCUGGGACAUUUGGGGACAUAUCUCGACCAGUCCUUUCUUCAUGCUUCAAAGGCAGGGAAAGGUAAAAAGAAGUCCAUCGCGGGACCGACAUUCGGAACGGACCAUGUUAAACACAGACGGACACGCUCAGGAUGCUUCAUGUGCCGUAGCAGGCGAGUCAAGUGUGACGAGACCCGUCCGAUAUGUGAACGUUGUAAAAAGGGCAAUCGCGAUUGCGUCUACCCCGACCCUCCGACCACAAAAGGCUCUAAAUCCAAAGACAAUAAUAAUACAUCCGCUCACAAGACGAGCCCAAAAUCAUCCAACGAGGGGGAAGACGCUGAUCUAGACCCCCUCACAAACCCUCUUCAGACGAUCCCCGACGAGGCCGAGCCUGGAGAAUUGUCUUCCGGGGAGAGGUCUGAUUCCCAAUUGUCGGGAAGCAAGACCACAGGUUCCUCGGACCGGAACCUCACGAAGCGGCAAAGCACGGAUAGCCUAUCACCCGAUGGAAUCAAAGACCCUUCUCCUUCAGUAUCGACUGUUGGCAGCAGCGUUACUAUUUCUCCGCCCAUUGACCUAAAUAUCCCUACGGACGGCCGUGCAGAUUGGUCGCAUCUUCCUUUGGACUACCAACAUUAUCUAAAUUAUUUUGUGGACAACAUCACGAGUUUUCACUAUAGUGUCAUGCACGAUGAAGAUGACUUCUUUGGCACUAUUCUGCCUUCUCUGGCUAUUCAACACGAGCCCCUUCUUAACGCUGUCGUUGGCUUUGCGACGUAUCACGCUACGUUGCAGAAUCCCAAUGGCGAGCUUCAAGGCUUCUUGAAAUACUACAACAAAAGUGUCACUCUUCUUCUGGAAUCUAUAAAUCGAAGGGAGAUAGACAACAUCCUAAAUUUGAUUACUAUCCUGCAGCUAUUGACUAUUGAAGAGUAUUUUGGUGAUUGGGUUAACCUCAUGGGACAUCAAAAAGCGGCGUUCCAAGUGAUUCGAAAAAUUUUCAAGCCAGAUACAGUUAUGCUUACACCAGUUGGAAGAGCUUGCAUAGACUGGUACACGCGCUACGACUGUUAUGUGGCCAUCAUGGGCGGUUUCCCGACGGAUCUGCCCAGGGAGUGGUUCAACAGGAUGAACGAGUACAACGAGUCGCAACUUGGCGCCAGCCCCAACGAGCUUCGCUGGAAGAUUAGUUCUCGAUCUACUCAACUUCGCUCGAUAUCCUACGACAUGUCUGUGCUCUAUGCACGGGGCAGCCGCGGGCAGAUAGGGCCCCAAGACUUCACCAAGGAGCACAACAGGAUAACCAGCGAACUUGUCAAGUGGGAAUCAACCUGGAAUGCCACCCUUUCAGUGCCAGAAUACUUGGUGACAGACUUUUCUUACCAACGCGACGUGGAUCCCGAUGACAUCGUGAAUCCGUACGUGCCCGGCCUGCUCUAUAAGCGGCCACUCUUUACAAAUACCUUGAUAAAUACAGAGUGGACCUCGAUCAUGAUUAUGCACCUGUCGCAGUCGUCGGACAUUCCCGCGGAAAAGGUCUUUAUAGAGAUGGCAAAGCAUGCCUACACGAUCUGCCGGCAUUUCGAGACUGUAGAAUUCUGGCCACUGAAGCCCAAGGGCGCCCUGAUACCACUACAGCCUUGUAUAUCCAUUGCCGCUCUUUUCCUACCGCGCGACUCCCGUCAUCAGAUGUGGGUUCGUAGGAAGUUUGCUUUGCUAGACACAAUGGGAUUUAUACACCCCACGACACGACGGAUAAAAAUGGCGCGGCUGUUUCGCGACCCGUCCUGCGCACAUUGGUGGCUGCCAAACGACGAAGGAUUGACUCCAGUAUUGCAAGCCAUUCGCACUUUUGCCGACGAGCGGAACACGGCAGCUGUCAACGCCCAGCAUGAAAAUCUCCGGGAAGUAAGACAUUUAUUUGCCAAGGUGGAGGCCGCCGAAUUGGCCCUCAUGGCAGGCAACGGCGGAGUGGGCAAGUGA